AUGGAGGGGAAAGCCAGGCGUCGGACUGCAGUGGCUGCGUUACUUCUGGCAUCUCUCUCCGUGUCAGGGGUCAGGGGUCAGAAAGGCUGGAGUGUGACCUACCUUCCCUCACAGAUCUGCGCCAUAAAAGGCUCAACGGUGGACUUGCAAUGCAGCUACACACAUCCAGACAGAGAGGGCGAUACGGUCAUAGAAGUUACAGACCAAGUAUGGUUCACCAAAGAGGAAGGUGCUGCUCCUGUGGAUCUGAAAGCUGACCCAGAGUACGCAGGUCGGAUAGAGUAUAAAAAUGGCUGCUCUGUGGCUAUCAGGGACGUAAGAGAGAGUGACUCCGCUGUCUACAAGUUCAGAUUCAUAACCAAUCACCAAAGAGGAAAAUACACCGGCUUGCCAGGGGUCACUUUGUCAGUCUCUGCCGUCGAGCUGCAGGUGGUCAAAUGUGAGCGCAAACAGAGCGGCACUCUGGCAGAGCUGACGUGCAAAAGCAAAUGUCUGCCUGACCAACAUCCUUACAUCUGGAUCAAGAACGGGCAGGACGUUUUGACGCAGACCUCCUCGUCUUUUUCGCACACGUUUUCGGACGCGGACCGCGUUUCGUGCGCCGCGGAAGGACACAGACAGUCCCCGUCUCCGGCAGUGUAUAUGCCAAAUCUUCCCUCGGUGUCGCUGAGUUCCUCCGGUCACAUUGUGGAGGGCGACCCAUUAACUCUAACUUGUUCCAGUGAUGCUAAUCCAGCAGCUACAUACACCUGGUACAAGAAGGACGCUUCUGGUCCUCUCAGCAAAGACUCACAACUCGUCUUCACGUCCAUCCAGUCCUCUGACUCUGGAGAGUAUUAUUGUAAAGCUGAGAACGUGCUGAGAAUGAAGACAUCUAAAGUCGUCUUUAUUGACGUAAAAUAUCCACCUAGCUUCCCCGUUGUUUCACAUAGUUUUUCAGGUGAAGUAGUGGAAGGAAACUCGGCGACUUUGACUUGUAGCGCUGAUGCUAAUCCAGCAGCUACAUACACCUGGUACAAGAAGGACGCUUCUGGUCCUCUCAGCAAAGACUCACAACUCGUCUUCACGUCCAUCCAGUCCUCUGACUCUGGAGAGUAUUAUUGUAAAGCUGAGAACGUGCUGAGAAUGAAGACAUCUAAAGUCGUCUUUAUUGACGUAAAAUAUCCACCGAGCUUCCCUGUUGUGUCACAUAGUUUUUCAGGUGAAGUAGUGGAGGGAAACUCGGCGGCUUUGACUUGUAGCGCUGAUGCUAAUCCAGGAGCUACUUACACGUGGCACAAGGAACAGGAAGCCAAUCCUCUCAGCAAAGGCCCAAAACUUGUUUUCAAGUCUGUUCAGUUGUCUGAUUCUGGAAGAUAUUUCUGCACGGCUGAGAACUUUCUCAACAGGACGACUUCGGACGACAUCUUAAUUGACGUGGAAUAUGCUCCAAAGCUUCCCUCGGUCUCACUGAGUCCGUCUGGUGAGAUCAUGGAGGGCAUUUCACUGACGCUCACCUGCAUCAGCGAUUCAAACCCCGCCGCUGAUUACACCUGGUUCAAAGAAAAUGAGAAAACGCCACAAGGUUCAGGACAAAAUCUCACCAUCACAAAUAUCGGCCGACAGCAUAGUGGCCUUUACUACUGCGAAGCUCACAACAGCAGAGGGAGUCACAAAUCUGCCAUACAUCUUACUGUUGCUGCAAGGUACAGAAACAUGACUUUCAAGAUAAUGAACAUCAUAAAAUUGGCUGUAGCUGCACUGCUGCUGCUGAUUCUACUGUUGGCUGCUUCUCUUUGGACGAGGAAGAAGAAGCCAACUGAAUCGAAGGAACACGUCGAGAACAUAGAGCUGGACUUGUGUCCUGAAUAUGAGAACAUCUCGACCUUGAGAGCCUUUGUUGCAUCGCAGGAGGAGAGAGAGAAGCAAACCAACCCAACAUGAAACCAAGUCAAGUUACGACUUUAUGGGUUGAGGACAUGAUUCCAAUUCAUGACACAAAAUGAGAUCUCAACCAAAAACGAUGACAUCUGAUGGCAGAAAGAAACAUUUUCAAACGGUGGCUAUAUGUCUAUGUUUUAUGCCUUAUGUUGGCUACCUUGUAAACGUAGCUGGAUAAAGUCAAGUUAAUAAUUUAAUAGUGGUGUACCUUCCAAUUACUUAAUGCCUAAUUAUAUUUAGACAUUUUAACUACUGUUUCAUUUAAAUCUGUGGGAGCGGCUGAAGGGCAAACAACCUGCGAUCUAGAGGUCAAGUGAAGUAACACGGUGUGCCGCUGUGAAGCAAACUGGACAAUGUGGAUUCAAUCCUUUCAAAAAGUAAUUUCAUUUUUGUGUUGUUGUGAUGUUUCGUCCUCUACGUAAAAUAUUGUUUAUCCUAAAUACAUUUCAUGUAGUGCAUGGCCACCCAAUGUGAGUGCUGCAUAAGAACAAUGUAAUAAAAUCUGUAAAUAAAUACACAUGGUGACACCGUCGAGGUGAGACCACGUGUAGAAAUGUUCAGAUGUUUAUAGCAGGUGUCCUAACAAAAAUGUCCAUGUCGAUCUGUCCUGCCUGAAACAUGCAGACCGGAGUUACAUCAUUUUGAGAAUCAGCUGGUCCAGUCCAGCUGUCCUUCCUGUACAAGUUUUCUGUUUCUGUGUUUAAAGUGCCAUAUUUUCCAGACUAUAGAGCGCACCUCACUAUGAGCCACACCCCCAAAGUUCUUUAAAGAAAACUGGAAAGUACAUAUAUAAGCCGCACCGGGGGGACUGGUAUCACCGCAGCUCUCAGUUUUCCACCUUAAUAAAUCUGCUAUUAAGGAUGCAGCCCUGCAUCUCCAACGCCGAACCAUGGAUUCGUUCACCCAGAGCUUAGCGAUUAUCGAUCUGUACUGCCAGAUUGAUAACCUUCAACUUAAAAGCUGC